AUGCCAUACUCAGUUCUCAGUAUCGCUCGACCAUUCACCCUUUCCAUCCCAGACGGCGAAUAUUCCCAGCUUCGGACCCUCUUACAGUGGCUUACCUCGACCACCCACUAUUGGUUGACAAAGUUUAACUGGCGUGCCCAAGAAACCCGCAUCAACUCACUUCCCAACUUCAAGAUUUUCGUCCAUGAGGAAGCCGGCAAAGAGGAUAUCGACCUCCACUUCGUUGGACUAUUUCGGAAAGGGAAGAUGCUGUUCCCAUCGUGCUGGUUCAUGGGUGGCCAGGUAGCUUCCUUUGAGUUCAUGCCUUUCCUAGAGAUUGUUCAGAAGAAGUAUAGUUCGUCUGACUUGUCUUAUCACUUCAUUGUUUCAUCUCGUCCAGGGUAUUUGCUCAGCUCGGGGCCGGGCCAAGCGCAGGCCUACACCAGUCAGGAUGCAGCACGCGUGAUUAAUAAGGCGAUGACAUCGCUCAGUUUUAGGCGUGACAAGUUAAUUUACUGCCGAGUCUCGAAAUGCCGAGUGUCGACGACCCGUCGCUAUCGCCCAAAGAAAAAGAAGCUAUCGAGUACGGGGGGCAACGCUUUCAAGAAUGAAAUCUUCGCUAUCGACACUCCAUUAGGUUCACUUCUUCCUCCAUCGCAUAUUCGACCUGGAUUCAAUAUCGUUUUACAUCUUGGUUUCAUGGACGAGUUGAAGAGCAAUCCCAACCUCAGCUUGGGUGCUGCUCUCAAUGAUUUCACUUUUGAACGAUACACCAAGGUUGGCGCCCUUCCAGCCUGGUCUAUCAAGUUAUUUUCUGCAAAGUUCAAUCCGGCGCUAGACUCUUACGCCGAAAUAUUUCAGGACAUGGUCAUGCAUCAUGUUGUGGGUCUGUUGCCUACAUCAAAAGGCAAAGGUACCUCAUGGACAACCACAGACUGGGUUUCGAUCAACGUAUGGUCAUCCAUCAUUCCACUUAUAACCAAAGCAAACGUCCGAGGCUUCCUUGGGCACGAUGCUGCCACAGACGAAGACUUUCUUGACGUAGCAAGCACGUAUCUCCCUGGCUUCUCGGGUCUUGCCGAGCAAUACAGAAACGGUGAGAAGAUGGUCUUGAGACAGAUGAAGAACAAAAAGGCCAACGGCCUCAAGCCUUUGUCUGAUCCGCCAAGCGUUUUUUAUUAUGUCAAUGAGGAUGGGCAGUACCUGGACGAUUUGCGACUUCAGAUGGAUAUUCAGAUGCCCUUGUGCGCUGCAAGCAUCCACACUACCACAACGACCAUUGUACAAUGUCUCUACGAUCUAGCCAGCCGUUCGCAGUACCUGCCAGCACUGCGCCAGGAGAUAGAAGAGGAUACUGAAGAGCAUGGAGUUGUGCUCACCCGGCGGGCGGCUUCCAAAUUGGAGAAAUUGGACAAUUUUGUAAAGAAAGUCCAAAGAUUUUGCUCUCCUGACCUGACCACCUUCCAGCGCAAGGCUACCGGUCCAGUCACACUCUCCAACGGGUUUCACAUCCCCAAAGGUGCAAGAAUCGAAGUUGCCACUGGGGCCAUCAAUGCGGAUGAGGCCCUCUACCAUAACCCCUCUGAGGUCGAUGGCUUGCGAUUUUACAACAAGAGACAAGAAUCGGACGAAGCUCGGUCAAAGUUUCAGGUCUUAAGUGUGAGUAAAACAGAUCUAGCCUGGGGUUAUGGUAGAGCUGCCUGCCCUGGAAGGUUCCUCGCCGACCUCUUGACCAAGAUGGUCUUGGUGGAGAUCUUGAAGCACUACAACAUCAAAAUGCCGGAGGGUCAGUGUCGGUAUGAGAAUAUGGAGAUUCAGGGCCAGACGUUGCCCAAUGAGCAGGGCGUAGUCUUAAUUCGGCACAAAGCUGUAUGA